GCGAGGUUGGAAGAGGGCUGUUGUGUCUGUGGAACGCGCUGCGUGCGGGUGCUAGGUGUAGUGAGCUGAACCAAAGGGAAACGGGGAGGUCCAAUUCCCAGAUGCGAUCACUGCACCGGAUGCACGUUUAUAGUCGCAGAUAAAUAUUGUCCAGUGUAAAGCCUACGCGUCUAUGAUCGCUCGCUUUAUUGAUGCAAAUGGAUGAUUUGCUAACGUUAGCCAACUAACGGGUCCGUGCAGAUGCCAUUCCAGCGGAGGAAAAGAGGACAUGAAUACGCAAGACAGUAUGGCUUUCCCUCUUCCUUUAGGAUGUGUUGAAAACAGAGAAACAGCGCGGUUGUACGCCUUUUAACUUACUUGGAUGGCCGUCUUCUUCUGGAACAAGAAUAACGUUACUUCACUGCCUUACUGCGCUCGCACGGAUGGAUUUGGGUGUAUUGACAGGGCCGCUGUCCGACCCACACGGCUCGGCUCAGUGAGUCUGCAGCUAGCUGGAUCCAAGGACCUGGAGUGCGCUGGGCCCUCGGUUUUAUAAUACACAUUUUGGAAGCCCUCGUAGCUUACCAAAGAAAAGGGUCGGAGGCCAAUCUCCCGGUGACAGAUGUAACGUCUAGGAGAAAUCAUUGCCCUUUUUGUUUAGUCCUUUUGUUAUUUUUGAUAUGAAUGGCACAUUUGGGUUUCUGCAAGCGAUGCGAAAGCCGUAAUGAUGGAAUGAUGGAGGGUUGAAUCUCAACCAUUCUUCUGCGUCUAGAUGGGGCGAGACCGAACUGAUGAACCCUAACAUUAGCUAGUUCUACCCCAAACCAACACCGCUAAGUUAUCCGAAUUGGGGAAAACGGACCCUCUCUACACAUCUGGAUAUACCCAACUUACCGUUACAGUUCUCUCUCUUGUCCAGUUCAAAACCCCCCAAAGGCAUUCGUAAAACAUGGAUAAACUCACUAUAAUCUCAGGGUGUCUGUUCCUUGCAGCCGAUAUCUUUGCCAUCGCAAGUAUUGCAAAUCCAGAUUGGAUCAACACUGGAGAAUCAGCAGGUUCUCUGACGGUGGGCUUGGUGCGGCAGUGCCAGACAAUCCACGGGCGCGAGCGGACCUGCAUUCCACCGCGGCUCCCGCCAGAGUGGGUCAUCACGCUACUCUUCAUCAUCAUGGGCAUCGUCUCCCUCUCGCUCACCUGCGGCCUCCUCGUCGCCUCCCACUGGCACCGGCACGCCACCAAGUACGCCCGCUGGAUCGCCUUCACCGGGAUGAUCCUGUUCUGCAUGGCCGCGCUCAUAUUCCCUAUCGGUUUUUACAUCAACGAGGUGGGAGGGCAGCCCUACAAACUGCCCAACAACACGGUGGUGGGGUCCUCCUACGUGCUCUUCGUGCUGUCCAUCUUUUUCACGAUAGUCGGGCUGCUGUUCGCGGGGAAAGUCUGCCUUCCCGGCUGAUGGUGCCUCCCCGGCAGCAUCUGUUUGAAAUUCCAGCGGAGAGGGGCUUCUGUGAAGACCGGUGUUCGGAAUGACCAUCAAAGCAAAAGCACAAAAAUCAAACAGAAUGGGGGCUCUGGCCAUGAGCCCUGCGGAGCUGCUGAGAUUGACCUGGGCAGCGGGGGGUGGGGGGGGGGCGAGGGCGAGCGCAGACGCACUGCCAGCUGUGGGGUUGCCAUGGCAGCCGCUCCAGCACUGUGACAUCACGCCUUCAGAGGAACUGCAUUUCACAAAUUAGACAUUUGUAAUUAUAUAUAUAUUCAUGUAUACAUAUGUAUACAUUAAUAUAUAUAUAUAUGAAAUAUUGUGCCCUCUUCUUCAACUGCUCCUUUUCAUGUUUUGGGUUAUUAUGAGUAAUAUCAUAUUUGGGCCCCUGUAUUCACAAAAGUAUGUCGAGAUAUCCACUGAGUAUUGACCCGCUGAAGUGCCACCUAUACUGCCCCCUGGUGGCAGCUCAGGAAAGACGCUGUGCUGCACAAAGGCUGCAGUACCUGGUAGAUGCCA